AUGUUCAGCCACCGACUACCGCAUUCGUCAACAGCGAGUCUCGGCAGGUCGCGCUGGAACAUGGACGGUGAUUGGAGUCUGUUGAUGAAUAUUGGAGGUGAUAACAACAUCCUGAGUUCUGCCAACGAGUUCCUGAAGCAGGCAAAGGAUCUCGGCAUGCGGCCUUCUGUCGUGGCGGAACUUAUUCACGGUUUUAGCAUGAAGGCGGUGUUGGAUGAUGCUUAUCCGCCCGAGAGCCCGAGAGAAUUUCAUUUCAAUCCAUCCUACAUCCCGGUGAUUCUGUAUCAUUACAGACAAGUUGACAACGUGCGUGAAGAUCAUGAUAUGCGUGAAGAUCAUGACAUGCGUGAAGAUCAUGACAUGCGUGAAGAUCAUGACGUGCGUGAUAUGGUCGAGAUCCUACCUUGGACGAAAGAUCAAAACAGCUGGCUAGACAUAGCUAUGGCAGGCGUUUCUCUACAUAUAGCUGAGGAAGCGGCUCUGCAGUCUGGCUUGUUCGGUUUGUUAGGCGUUGCGCCUGUUCAGAUGGUUGAUAUUAACAAUAAGGCUCAGAUAAGGGAAUUUGAAGCAUUAUACAGAGACCACGCAUUACAAGAGAAACCGUUAGUGCAAAGGCUCUUCGAAGUACUUUGA